ACAACACUCGUUUUUUUUUUUCCAACUCUCUUUCUCGCUCGCUGGAUUUAUAAGUCCAGUGAAGUGAACCUCACAUCCGACUCUCCCGGUCUGUCAUGGAAGUUUGGUGCAGGAGAUUCAAAUAACUAUUACAAGCCUAGUACGUACUUGUCAAAAACCAAAACCAUCUUUCGGUAUACCUCCGGCGAAUUUGACGUUGUCCUCACCGGAGUUAGGAUACCGGGCUAAAAGUAUCGGUGGUGGUAUGAUGGGAUUUUGUAUAUGUCCGUUGGAGAGUCCGGCGAGGUUACUUUGGAGUACUAGUUUCUUCCGCCACAAGAUUAUGAUCUUCUAAUAGUUUUCAUUUUCCACACCCCAAAAAUAUAACGUAUUCUCUAAGAAACCUCCCGCCCCCUAGCACUUUUCAACCAGUACCGACGGCGAGUGACUUCACGCGCCCGCCAGUCCAGCAGAAUUUCCAAAGAGGAGAUCAAGGUAAGUAGAAGAGUUUUGUGAAAAUGAUGGAGCCCAGCCAUCUUUUCUUUGAUCCUCAGCACGGUGGUGCUGGCGGUGGCAACAUGUUGUUCCUCGGGAGUGGUGAUCAUGUUUUCCGAGGGCCGAGAUCGAUGACUUUCAUGGAGGAAAGUUCCAGGAGGCGAUCGUUUUUCAGCACGCAAGAUGAAUUGUAUGAGGAGGAAUAUUACGACGAGCAGAUGCCGGAGAAGAAGCGCCGCCUCACUGCCGAGCAGGUGCACCUGCUGGAGAAGAGCUUUGAGACAGAGAACAAGCUGGAGCCAGAUCGGAAGACGCAGCUGGCCAAGAAGCUAGGACUGCAGCCAAGGCAGGUGGCUGUGUGGUUCCAGAAUCGUAGGGCUCGCUGGAAGACAAAGCAGCUGGAGCGCGAUUAUGAUGUUCUUAAAGCCUCUUAUGACUCCCUUUUGGCCAACUAUGAUUCUAUCCUCAAGGAGAAUCAGAAGCUCAAAUCUGUGGUAGUCACCAUAACUGAGAAACUUGAAGCUAAAGGAUCAGCAUUUGCGAGUGAUCAUCAUCGUGAUGAGAAGUACUGUGACCCUGGUCAUCUUCUUCCAGGUGAGAAAGAGAUGAUCACGGAUGUUAAUGUUUCAAUGAGCCUCCAGUUUAGCGCGAAGGUUGAGGAUCGCCUGAGCUCCGGGAGCGGCGGAAGCGCCGUGGUGGACGAGGAAGGCCCGCAGCUCGUGGACAGUGGUGACUCGUAUUUCCCAAGUAGCUGUGACGUCCACAAUUUUAAUCCUCCACCUCCUCAUGAUGACCUUCAUCAUUGCAUGGGCCUAGUAGAUGGGGUCCAGUCAGAGGAGGACGAUGUCAGCGAUGACGGCCGGACUUACUUCUCCGAUGUGUUUGCCACAGCCGCAGUGCAGCACCAGCCACCGGAGGAGGGCGUAUCUAUGGGUUGGUGGGUAUGGUCCUAAAAAGUUUGCCCUCUCUAAUUCAGAGAAUUAAGUUGCUACUUUUCUUUCCUAAUGUACCUACAGACAUAGUUGCUUAAUCGGAGCAAUUAAGCUGAUUGUUCAACUAUUACGAACACACAUGUAAAGUGCAUGCAGCUUAUUCACUGCCUCAGAAACUAAAAUAAAUCUGAGAGCUAAAUAAAAAUGGGUGGUUGUUGAGU